UUUUUUUUUUCUUAUUUGUAUAAAAUGGAAACAAUGAGCCGAGAAUGUCUAUUGUUUCCUACUUAUGCCAAAAGAAAUCCUUCUGACACUAGUCAAUGGAUUGUUUAUGUCAAGGGAUGGGCAUUAUCGCAUAACAGUUCAGCUACCAAGCAGAAAAUGAUGAUGAGUCUUACUAAAAGUGUAGCAGGCAAAUUUUCGACCGAUACGAAUGCUUCACACAUGUUUGAGCAGCGUUUCAAGUAUUUCCUAGCCAACAACAAACGCCAUAAGCCAUUUCAUAUCCAGGCUAUUGGCACCAUCUCAUUGGAAGCAUAUCAAUCAGAACAGCAGAGUCAACUAGAACAAGCAAUGAUGAACCUGUUGAUGGAUUCUAUCAAUAGCCAAUUAGACUCGCUGGAAGAUCCUACCUCUUGCUCUGGUAUUCACCUUAUCACGGAAGGGUCUGGAUUUUUAUCGGGCCAAUUUUUUGUGCCUCAUGACACAAUUCUAAAUUGGGCAGACAAUCCAAGGCUGGUUCGUGUUCAGUCUGUAUCUACAGACACUCAUCACAAAUUCAUGCCUAAUUAUGGCAUUGUCAAUUUGAUUGAACAGAAGGGUGUUUCUAUCAUUAGUGAUAUUGAUGAUACCAUUAAAGAUACCCGUAUUCUAUCUGGUGCACGUACUGUACUCUCCAAAACCUUUUUUGAAGCACCACAAGAUGUAUCAGGCAUGGCUGAUGUGUAUAUGACAUGGUAUACACAAGGUGCUUCAUUUCAUUAUGUUUCCAAUAGUCCAUUUCAAUUGAUGCCUAUGCUGGACAAAUUCCUAAAAGAUGCUCGGUUCCCUCCAGGUUCAAUGCACUUGAGAGAUGAUGGCAAACUCAUCAGUCGCUUAGUAGAAACACCAGGACAGGCAAAACGAGAUGCUAUCCUUAAAAUUCUUCAUGAUUUCCCCCAGCGUCGUUUUAUUUUGGUGGGAGAUUCAGGUGAAAUUGAUCUAGAGAUCUAUAGUCGUAUUGCAGUUGAAUAUCCUGAUCAAAUCAUCAAGAUUUAUAUUCGAGAUAUAACCACACCUUCAUUGAUGCCCACUCUAUUUCAUUCAAAAAGUCGGUCUACGCCUUUAAUGGAUAUCAGAAAACUCAAGUCACCCUUAAGUAUUCGCCGAGCAACAACAGAACCCACUUUAACACAUCAUCAAAAGGAUAUGGCAGCAUUAGAAGCAAGUGCACAACUGCAUCAUCGUAUUAAAAAAGCACGGCUACAAGUAUCGAAUAUAGACAUUGAACUGUUUCAGGAUGCUCAAGUACUUGCAAGGCUUGAUAUAAAGGAAGCCCUUUGGGAUUCUAUAGAAGAAGUGGUAACACCCUCUCCAGAAAAAGACGCAUUUUAUUCCCCGUCUUGUCUGUAUGAUACGUCGAUAUUAUCAUCAUCGCCUACAAACCUGUAUUGAUAUCCUUAGAUUUAAACAGAAAAAAAAAGUGUAUUUAAUAAUAGUAGCAAAAAUAGCCAAUUUUCUUGAUUUGAUCAAAAGAGAGUUUACCUUCUAAAAAAAUUGAUUUUUGGAUCAGGACAAGCAAUUUUGACAACACCGUAUUUCAAACUCAAACAAGGCGUCUUUGGUUGCAUAAUGUACAGACAAGUGUUUGCUUUAUAAAAGUAAAAGUAAAAAUAUAACUAUGAAUUGUAAAAAUGUAUAGAGUACCUACUUUUCAACUUGAUAGAAUGUUUCCUAGAGAGGGGGAAAAAAGGAAUAAUCAAUUACAGCCUAGACAUGCUUUAUUUGUCAAAUAAAUAAAUAAAUAAAUAAAAGAUCUAUUUAUAUUGAUAGAAAGAUCAUUGUCU